UCAAGGCAUGCCCACUUGGCACUUGCUCGCUUAGAGCAACACCCCACACAACCUUCAUAAUAAAUUAAUCAGCUGUGUGGGUGACUGGCUCAGAAAUAGAGAGAUGUGGCUCACUCUGUGUAUUUUUCUAUACGUGUCAUUUAACUGUAUAUCAGCAGCUUCAGACCUCAGAUCAGGUACCUGUUUGCUAAGGGGACAUUUUGAUUUAAAUGGAUUGUACAAGGAUGGAGAUUUUAUACUUGGAGGCCUGUUUGAGGUUCACUUCUUCACAGUGUUUCCAGAACUGAGUUUCAGAACAGAGCCAGAAUCACCAUACUGUGAAAUAUUUAAUAUGGAAGGUUUCCAGCAUGCACAGACCAUGGCUUUUGCAAUAGAUGAGAUUAAUAAGAAUCCCAACCUACUGCCUAACAUAACUCUUGGUUACCAUCUUUAUGACAACUGUGUGAUGCUAGGAAUGGCAUUCCGGGCUGCCAUAUCCCUGGCUAGUGGUACAGAGGAGUCCUUCUCCAACCUCAACUGCACUGGCCCUCCUCCGAUGGUUGGAAUCGUGGGGGAUGCAAGUUCAACUCCUUCCAUUGCAAUUUCCAGUGUUCUGGGGCUGUUUCGAGUACCUAUAGUCAGUCACUACGCCACCUGCUCCUGUUUGAGUGACAGGAAAAAAUACCCCUCUUUCUUCAGAACGAUUCCCAGUGAUGCUUUCCAGGUACGGGCUAUGAUUCAGAUUUUGAUACAUUUUGGAUGGACUUGGGUUGGUCUUCUCUACAGUGAUGAUGACUAUGGCGUCUACGCUGCUCAGGCCUUCCAGCAAGAAAUGCAGCUGUUUGGAUAUUGUGUUGCUUUUUCUGAAAUCCUGCCCCAUGAUAACAACCUAAGAGAUAUUCAGCGUAUAAUGGGAGUGAUUCAGUCCUCUACAGCUAGAGUGGUGAUAGUUUUUGCCCCUUCAUCUUUUUUCAUUCCUUUGAUGGAGGAGGUGGUAUUGCAGAACAUGACUGGCAGGCAAUGGAUUGCAAGUGAAGCUUGGGCCACCUCUCUUGAAUCCCACACACCACGUUUCCUGCCCUUUCUGAAGGGCACACUGGGCAUCGCUAUAAGGCGUGGAGAGAUCCAGAGGCUUCAUGACUUUCUGUUACAUGUUCACCCCAGCAGUGACCCAAGAAAUAAUAUGUUGAGGAUCUUCUGGGAGAACAUGUUUGAGUGCAGUUUUGAAACUGGGGCUAAAGAGACAGAUGGAGAGCAAGUGAAAAAGGUGUGUACAGGACAGGAGGAUCUGAUCAUCACAAACACACCAUACACUGAUGUUUCAGGAUUGAGGGCAUCGUAUAAUGUGUACAAGGCAGUUUAUGCCCUGGCACAUGCACUUCAUGACCUGAUGCAGUGUGAGGAGGGGAGAGGACCAUUCAGUGGGAACAGAUGUGCAGAUAUAACAAACCUGAAACCAUGGCAGCUAGUUCACUAUCUACAGAAAGUGAACUUCACCACAGGCUUUGGGGAUCAUGUGUCAUUUGAUAAGAAUGGAGAUGCUCUGGCCAUCUAUGAUGUGCUGAACUGGCAGCCGAACUCUGAUGAAUCAAUAAGGAUCUACACAGUCGGUGUAGUAAAUGAAGUGACAGAAACAGGGAUGGUGCUUACACUGGAUGAGGAUGCAAUAUACUGGAACUUUCAAACCAAAAAACCCCCACGUUCUGUGUGCAGUGAGAGCUGCCCCUCAGGUACCAGACGAGCCACACGGAAAGGCUUUCCUGUCUGCUGUUUUGACUGCCUGCCAUGCGGAGAGGGCAAGAUCUCUAAUACAACAGAUGCUGUUGAAUGUAUAGUGUGUCCAGAUGAGUUUUGGUCCAAUAUGGAUAAAGAUAAGUGUGUCCCCAAAGAUGUAGAGUUUCUAUCCUAUGAGGACCCCUUGGGCAUCUCUCUGACCACUGCAUCUCUGCUUGGCGCCUGCUUCUGUGCUCUUGUUUUGGUCGUCUUUGCGCAUCACCGUAACACCCCCAUAGUACGUGCCAAUAAUUCAGAGCUCAGCUUCCUGCUGCUGGUGUCUCUUAAACUGUGUUUCCUGUGUGUGCUACUGUUCAUUGGCCGGCCACAACUGUGGACUUGUCAGUUAAGACAUGCUGUGUUUGGCAUAAGCUUUGUCCUGUGCAUCUCCAGCAUCCUGGUCAAGACUAUGGUAGUAAUAGCCGUGUUCAAGUCAUCUCGGCCAGAGGGCAAAGGAGCGAUGAAAUGGUUUGGAGCAGCUCAACAAAGAUGCACAGUUUUGGUCCUAACAGCUCUUCAGGUUGUUAUAUGUGCAGUCUGGCUAUCAACUGCCUCUCCAACACCACAUAAAAACAACCAGUAUAUCCGCUCUAAAAUAGUAUAUGAAUGUGCCAUCGGCUCAGUGGCUGGUUUUUCAAUGUUACUCGGCUAUAUUGGUCUUUUAGCAGCAGUAAGUUUCCUGUUAGCCUUCCUGGCAAGAAACCUUCCAGAUAAUUUUAAUGAGGCAAAGUUCAUAACUUUUAGCAUGCUAAUCUUUUGUGCUGUGUGGAUUGCAUUUGUUCCAGCAUAUGUGAGCUCUCCAGGGAAAUACGCAGUGGCUGUAGAAAUAUUUGCCAUUCUGGCUUCCAGUUUUGGAUUACUGGUGGCCAUAUUUGCCCCAAAGUGCUACAUAAUCCUUUUACAUCCAGAGAGAAACACAAAAAAUGCCAUCAUGGGAAGAGAAACACAUAAGAAAUAGUUUUACAUGUCUGUGAUGUAAAAUUUUUAACUCUUACUUAACACUAUCAUAUUGUAUAGAGUCAUUCUCAAACUCUUUUGGUUAUGCUCCCCGUGUUGCCAUGGCUGUUUACCUUUUCUGCUGACCUUCUGCACCCCACACUUUCAGAACCAAUGGUUUAGGGUACAUUUUCAUCAAGCAAAUAUGACAUUUUCUGCAAUGCCUUCUUUUUGUUUUGUAUUUAUUAACAUACAUUCAAAUGCUUUAAAACGACACUGUUUAUUAAACUUCCUUUACUUGCUCGUCCUUGUAAAAUUGCUUGAUAAAAUUGUCUUAAUAAAUAAAU